AUGAAUGAAAAACAUCAUAUGCUGUCGUUAAAUUCAAAAUCAAAAAUUACUUCCUAUACGUCAACUUCAAAAAGUUAUACAAAUAAUAAUCAAGAAUUUUCAUCAUUAAUUUCUUUUAAAAAUAUUUAUGAUUUUGCUAUUUUAUCAUUAUUUAUAACGAUUAUUAAAUUUAUUUAUGAAUUUAUUACAUUUUUUAUACCUUCAUAUACUUCGAUUAUAAUUUUACAAGAUCCUUUAAAAGAUUCAAAAAAUUCAGUAUUAAAGCAACAACAACAACCUAAAAAUCAACAACAUCAAACCCAAUUAUUUCCAAGUAUUAAUCUUAAAUAUAACAAUGAAUCAUCAAAAGAAGAAAAAACUGAAGAUUCAUUGGUUCCAACAACUUGUUCUAUGGGAUUAACUACAAGAUUAUUACCAGUUAAAAAUUCAAAAGGAGAAUUAGAAUGGGUAUUUACAGAAGAUGAUUCAAAUAAAAAUAAUGAAUUAGAUGCUUUUAAAAUGCCACAAAAUUAUGCACCAUAUGCUCCACCACCACCACCACCAGCACCAAAUCAACAACUACAACAAGAGCAAGCCAACCCAAGCCCAUUGAAAUUUGAUCAUCAUUUUAAUAAUAGUAGUAAUGAAUUAUCACCAACAAUUUCAAACUCAUCAAAUGAAACAUCAUUAUCAUCAAAAUUAGAAUCAAAUACUAGUAGUCAAAAAGAACAUUCUAUUUCACCAAAUAGUAGUUCAUCUCCUUAUGAAGGUGAUGGUGAAAAUGAUGUAGAUGAAGAAAUAGAUGAUGAAAAUAAGAUAUAUCAAUGUCCUCAUUGUGAUGCAAAUUUCAAAAUUAGAGGUUAUUUAACAAGACAUUUGAAAAAACAUUCAACAAAUAAAGCAUAUUCUUGUCCAUUUUAUGAUCAAAGUAUGUAUGUUGAUAAAAAUAAUAUUACUCAUAAAUGUCAUCCAAAUGGUGGGUUUUCAAGAAGAGACACUUACAAAACUCAUUUGAAAUCUAGACAUUUUGAAUAUCCAAAAGGUACAAAAACAAAAGAUAGAGGAAACAGUUCAGGAAAUUGUGGAUUAUGUGGAGAAUUUUUUAAUAGUUCAGAAAUUUGGUGUGAAAUUCAUGUUGAAGGUGGAGAAUGUAAAUUUUUACCAAUUGAUUAUAAGGGUAAAUCAAGAAUUAAAAAUAGAUUAAGAAAAAAAUUACAAAAAAAUGAAAUUAUAACUGAUCCAGAAUUAUUACCAUAUGCUUCAAAAGUUUAUGAAGAAGUUAAAGAACAAAAAAAAUUAAAAAAAUUAGCAAAACAAGAAAAUAAGUUGAGACAAUUACAAAAUCAAGCUCAUUUUCAGCAUUUUAAUAGUAAAGAACAACAAGUGAGUAAUUCAGAACUACAACAUCCACAUCCAACACAAUCUUCGACUAAUAAUCAUAUUGAUACUCCAACUUCAAUAAGUUCAUCAAAUUAUGAGACUUCUUCGAUCCAUUCUCCUUAUACUCCACAAUCAAGUAAAUCACCAUUAAGUUUAAUGACAAAUCAAUAUGUAAGACAUCAACCUACACCACCUCAACAACAUUACACAAGCACAAAUUCCACGACAUCAUUAACACCAGCUCCAUAUCAAUUUGAUCAAAUAGCUACCGCACAUCAAAAAACUCCUCAUAUUCAAAAAGAAGAUUAUGAUGAUGAAUACUGUUUAGAUAUUGAUCAAUUAGAUUCAAAUAUGUAUUUAACAAAUUCACAAAAAAAUUUAAAUUUAGAAGUUUUACAAGCUUUAAAAUUACAACAACAAUAUCAAAGGAGAGUUUUCAAUGAUCAAAAUUUAAUGCAACGUGAACAACAAUUAUAUCAACAACAACCAACUCAAGUUCAAUCUGUUCAUCCAAGUCAACAAUCUUAUCAUCCUUAUCAACCUCAACAAGUUUUCCAAACUACAGGUUAA